AUGUUGCACCAAUGGACACUCACGCAACAAUUAGUUUAUAAACUCAACCAAUGUUGACCAUCCAUGGACAAACACCACAGUCACGUAUCAUCCACACAUACAUUCUCAAUGCAACUCCCAAGUACCAAGCAAGCAACUGCUACUGUUCACAUGUUGCUGGCUUAGCUAGCUGAGUGCCUGAGUCAGUUGCUCGCCAUCGCCAACUACUAUUACUACACCCUCGCGCGCGCGCACACAGCAGCAUCCGAGAGCCGCGAAGAGGUUUGCCCACGCGCGCCCCGCCCCGCCGCCGCAGCCAUGAAGCAGUCGCCGUCUCAGAAUCAGAGCCCAAAGACCCCAUCGCGCUCGGCCCCGGAGCCGUGGCUGGUGGCCGCGGCGGCGGCGAGCGCCAGCGACGACUCGUGCGUGAACGACGUGGACAGCUUCGCGCGCACCGUGGCCGCCGUGAAGUCCAAGGCCGCGUCGUGCGCGCGGCCGGACAUGCUGGCGUCCGUGCUGUCGCACUACGCCGCCAAGUGGCUCCCGGACGUGGCGCCUCCCACGUCGUCGUCCGCCUCGGGGCGCUUCCUGCCGCCGGAGAGCCCCACGGCCACGUGGCUGAAGAAGCGGCUCCUCCUGGAGUCCCUCGUGGCCGCGCUCCCUCCGGACCCGGCGGCGGGCGGCGGCGGCUGCUGCGCCGCGGCCGUCGCCGACGACGGCAUCACGUGCGACUUCCUGCUGAAGCUGCUCCGCGCGGGGAGCAUGGUGGGCGCGGACGCGGCGCUGCUGCGGGACCUGGAGGCGCGCGCGGCGAGACGGCUGGACCAGGCGACGCUGGGCGCCGUGAUGAUACCGGCGUUCGGCCACGGCGGCGAGCACGCGCCGGCGCUGCUCCUGGACGUGCCCCUCGUGCUGCGCCUCGUGCGCGGGUUCCUCAAGGAGGGAGGCGGCAGCAAGGCCGGCGGCGGCGCCGCCCUCGUCGGCGGCGGCGGCGCGGCGGCCGCCCGCGUGGCCAGGCUCGUGGACGCGUACCUGGCCGAGGCCGCGCUGGAGGCCGGCCUGCGCCCCGCCGAGUUCGAGGAGCUCGCGCGCGCCGUGCCCGCCCACGCGCGCCCCGCCGACGACGCGCUGUACCGCGCCGUCGACACCUACCUCAAGGCGCACCCAGGCACCGCGAAGGAGGAGCGCAAGUCGCUGGCGCGGCUGAUCGACGCGCGCAAGCUCACGGCGGAGGCCGCGGCGCACACCGUGCAGAACGAGCGCAUGCCGGUGCGCGCCGUGGUGCAGGUGCUCUUCUCGGAGCACGGCAAGCUCAACCGCCUCGCGGAGCUGAGCGCCUCCUUCAGCGGCCAGCGCAGCCCCAGCCCCAGCCCCAACCCGGCGCUGGAGCUCCCCGGCCGCUGCCCCUCCAAGCGCGAGGUCCUCGCGCAGCACCAGGAGGUGCGCCGCCUCCGCGACGACGUCGCCAGGCUCCAGGUGCAGUGCAACGCGCUGCAGGCCCAGGUGGACAGGCUGGGCUCCGAGAGGCGGCGGCGCGGCGGGGGCGGCGGGGGCUUCUUCAAGUGGAGCGCGUUCUGGUUCGGCGGCGGCAUGGGUGCCGACGUCGCUAGGGUCGACGACUCCGAGAGCGGCAUGGAGCGCCGGACACCGCCCAAGGGGAAGAAGAGCGCCACGGCGACGCCCAACGCCAAGUGGCGCAAGUCCACGUCCUGAGAUGACAAGGGUGUUGUGUUGAAGGGAUGGCGAUCGACGGCCGUUAAUUGUGUUUUCUGCUUUUUGGAUGGGGUUUGUGAUUACUUUGAGUUUGAACAUCAUAUAUUUUAUAUUGUGUUGCUGUCAACUCGAGUUUGUGUUCGUGGUGAAACUAUCAGGCUGGAAACUGUACGACGUGGCUGAAAGCACCUACCGCUUACAGGCAGAAGCCAUGCACGAACAGAUUCCAACAUGCAAAAUGUAAAAGUCGAUGCUUGGAAAUGCACAUAAUGUGAGACUUGUAAACUAAUCUUAUACUCC